AUGACUUCCAACAAUUUGGUAGCGGUACCACCGCCAGUUCAGACAAUGGCAAAGCACAUUGUGAAUUACUAUCACUCUAGAUCAAUCUUUUGGUCUCAGCUGUCGCCUCAAGUGCUGGCAGUGGCCUCCAUGGUCACUGGAAGGCAUGUCUCUGCACCAGAUGCAAGAGAUACUCCCACUGCAUCACCUCCUCAGGUGAGAGCAUACAAAACUCGCAAUGGAUAUGCAGAUAUUGUUGGUACUUGGCCUCCUUUGUGGGGGACAGGCAACAGGGGAGAUAUCAAUCCAGACAUAACGAUGUUUUAUACCAAAACAGCGUCCUUGCGAGAGACUCAGACUUAUAGGGAGAUUUAUACCCGUCUGGUCAUAGAGGGAGGAUUUGAUAGACCACCUCUAGGUCCCAUGAAGCUAAGGAACCUACCACCUUAUGCUGAAGGACAUGAUCCUAGCUUUAUUGCACGAUUAGCACGCUCUAGCGCAAGCGGAUCAGAGCCUCGCAGUAGUCCUCCAAGGAGUGCACACUGCAGGCCAAAUAGUAGCCAACUAGACAGGACUACUGAGGACAGGGAGCCAUUGCAAGAUGGCAUUCCAUUGCAGGAUCUCACACCAAUCGAUGUGACCAAUCCAACUACAAGGGGAAGUCCUCCUAUGCCUCACACACCUAGAAAAAGGGCUGUGCAUGAGCAUACACCCCCAGAAGACACUCCUUAUCGCAGGGGAGAGCGCCUAAAGCGCAGGUCUGAAAGAGUGGACGAGCUAGUGCUCUACAACCCACAAUAUCGAUCUCCUCCUCAGCCAGAGUCCUCUGAUACUGAGUCUAGAGAGAGUCUGCGAUUCACCAGCCCAUCAGCAUCUAUUACCGAUGGGGCAAUACCGAGUGCUGAAAUGAAUAGACUACUCGAUGAGGGAAGCAUAGGGCUCAAUGAGACUAUGCAAAAUACAAAGCUAGACGAGACUAGUCCAGCGAUACACCCCAAACCAGUCAGGAGAAGUCAAUCUAUACCUUCUGAUCCGGAAGUCCACCUUCCGCUGUGGAACCAGCUACAGACUUUUCAAGCUGACGAGUAUUCUCCACCCUGUACCUACAGAAAUGGUCUGAAUGAUCCAAUUAGAAGUGAUUCAACUAGCCGAACGCUUCCGGAUGCUCCGGCUAUCACGGAAGCUGAAAUGGAAGCAGUUUCAGCUUCUCCCAUCCAUCUCAUGCCUUCUGACAUAGAGAUGAGAGAUUUUGGUAGUGGAGGAGGUCAAACUUACCCUACCCCUCGGCUAUCCCAGGUGAGAAGAUUGCACAAGAUGCAAUUGCACGAAUCUAGACGGGUGCAGAGGCAAUUGAAGCGUUUAAAUAACGACAACGCACAGUUGAGACAAAGGAUCAUGGAGCUAGAACAUACUAGACCACCGUCAGUAUAUACUUUGUCAAGCAUAUCCUCUUGUUCAACCGCUCCUCAAAGCACUUCCAAACCAGUCUAUUCUAGAUCUCCAAUUGUACACCAAGGUACUCAACCAUCGCCGAAAAUGUCUAGUAACGUGGACAGAACCACUCAGGAUCAGACAGUCCCUCAGUCUCACCCUGAACCCUCUACUCCAGUCUAUACUGAGUCUGAUAUGACCAGACUCAAGGAGUUAUUGCAAGGUCAAAUGAAAGAAGCCCUUGAAGAACAGGUGAAAGAGAUGAAACAAACUCUUAAACCCUUUGCUGGACGAAUGGCCAAGCGGGACAGAACUCGCCCUGACCAAGCUACCAAGGGAUUGGACCCAGCCUUGAAUGACAACAUAUACCCCUCCAUUGAGGUGGACACCGAGGACAGCCAUAGUCAAGAAGGCAACAACCCGCUUCGGGUUGCCUCUAGCUAUCCACAACCGAUCGACGACGCUUUAAUGAAGGCUGAAGCAAAGGUUAAGGCCCUACAGCUUCAGCUAGAUGACGCUAAUCGUCGUGCGGAGACGGCUGCACCGGUGGCAAGGUCUCUGACUGCUGCCCCCAACUAUGGUAUCAUAGACAGGGAGAAACACAGAAAAUGGGAAGUAAAAGAAGUGGGAAUCUUUUACCCAGACGCCCCAAAAGCGUGGGGAGAAGGAGACCGCUUUUAUCACAAGGAAAUGAGAUACUACCGCGAUGUCUCUAGCUUUGCCUUUGAGGUGAGAAGCUACACCAACAGAAAUCCUCGCUCUCCCAUUGUGGAGUACCUUGAGAGACUCCUAGAAGGAACAGCCUAUGAUUGGUAUAUCCGCACUCCUAGCGAUGAGAAGCGUCUAGUCUAUACCUCAGCUCCUGAAGGUCUGGAGAUAUGGCUACAGGACCUAGAGACCAAGUUCAAAAUGGGUAUAGUGGCUGCCAGAAAGAAGUUGAGCACCAUCUCCUUCGGUCCUGCAGAGAUCCAGAAAGGACUCUCUAUAGACAGGUAUAUCUCUCAGAUUACCUAUGCUAUGAUGGCUGCAGACAGUAUGGUCUCUGAUUCCUCUGUCAUUGCCACAGCCUGGGCACAACUACAUCCUGACUACAGGAGACAAGUCUUACUCCCCACCAAAGACACCACAAUGGAAGCCUUUGUGAGCGAAUUGGAGCGUCGCCAGGUUGUUUGGGAAGAAGAUGCACAGUCAUCUACUGACCAAGACAGAACUCGUCGGUUUGGUAACAGAUAUGCCAACAGGCAAGCACUAGCAGCCUCUAAGGACGAGAUUGAUGAUGCAGAGGACAUACCAAGUUCCCACGCAUAUGCGGGAACCUCCACAGAGACCUCCGCCGAUGCUAUUAACAAGGCAUUAGAUCGGUUCUCGUCCAUGAUGGACAAGUUUGUCACUGCUGUCAGCCAGCAGAAAAGAGAGGAAGACCGAGGCCCCCGCUUUAACUACCCAGCCAAUAAUAGGCGGGAUCGCAGGAACAGACAGCGUCCAAGAGACUCUGAUCAGAAUCAAGGCAGAUCCCAACUUCCCACUGAUAAGUCUGACUUCUAUCAGCAGAGGAAUAGAGAACUCGAUGCCCAAGUAGAAAGGCGUGAGAACUCGAAGGUAGCUCACCUGGCUUCGGUCCAGGAUGACCUAGACGAUGCGACAGACAGUGAAGCGUCUGAGGAUGAUGUUGCUGAUGGGCUAGAUGCGACUAGACCUCAGAUAAUUGAAUGCGAAUAUCGUUCUCCUCAGUACCAGACUGCCAAUCGUUCAAAGAAGGCUGUUUACGCCGCAUUCCUUACUGGGUUUUCGGACCAUCAGAGAUUAGCCCUUGUUGUAGCAGACAGUGGAUGUGACUGUACCCUGAUCUCAGAAUCCUUUGUGGAAAAGUUCAUUCCCAAGGCACACAGGAUCCCUAUACCAUCAACUCCGGUCAAUGGGAUAAGCAGCGGCGUCGUUACAGCUGAAAAGGUUGUCUUUGACCUGCUAGUGCCGGCUAGACUCAAUCAAGAACCCGUCACCUGUAAGAUCAGGAUUGAGGCUCACAUAAUUCCAAAAAUGCCAGCUGGUUUGCUCAUUGGUACAGACAACAUGACUCCAGAGCGAAUGAACAUGGAUCCAGACCUUCAGAGGAUCCAGUUUAAGGGACACAAAGGUGCCUAUACACCGUUGCAACCGAUUAAGCACGAUUUUCCAGGUCCCCCUCACGCUAUUAAGGCUACACAGCCCAGAGUGCUAUUACCUGGAAAGGACUGCUUUGUUCCCUAUUGGAGAAAAGGGGUAAGACCUGGUUUCCUUCGCCCAGGCAAGGACUACCUCUUUGAACCAAAUCACCCACAGUUAUCGUUCUAUGCUGCUUUAUUGAGUAAUCAAACCCAGGUAGUCAUAGCCAGGAACUGCUCUCCUCAUGUCUAUCACUUGGAGAAGGGUGAGGUGCUUGGAACCGUGGUAGAAUUACCUCCCAUGCAUGCCAUGGUAGCAGGACAAGGUGAUCCCACCAUCGCCCUGCAGGAAGGCAAAAAGGGGGUAGAAGCAUCGCCACUCACCCCUGAAUCCGAUCAGCAGAAACACAAAUUGGCUUCUGGCGUUACACUAGCUGGGUCUAGUGAUGAAAUCGCAUAUCUAGAGGCUGUAGUAGAGGAGUUUGCACAGCUAUGGGUAAACGAUGGGACUCCCGUCGACAUCCCGAUGCGAUAUUGGAUGACAGUCCCUACCAAAAAGGGGGCAGAGUUUCCCAAAAGGGUAAGGGCCUACCCAAUGAGUCCAGAUGAGAGGGAGAUCACCAACAAGACACUUGACAAGCUCCAUGACGAAGGCAAGCUCAUUUGGAGCACAGGACACACUCCCAGUGCUUUUCCAGUCUUUGUGACCUAUAGAGAAGUAGAAAAGGAUGGCAAAAUCGUCCGCAAGCCCAGAGUGGUGGUUGACAUCAGGAAGCUCAAUGAGAUCACUGAACCUGAUGUCUAUCCAGUCCAACAGCAGGAUGACCUACUGCUGAGAAUCGCUGGAAAGAAGCAUUUAUCAGUUUUUGACGCAGCUAGCUUUUUCUAUCAAUGGUUAGUCCAUCCUGCACAUAGGCACAAGAUGUCUGUCAUCUCCCACAGAGGGCAGGAAACCUUUAAUGUGGCGAUCAUGGGCUACAUUAACAGUAUAGCCUAUGUGGCCAGACAGAUGGCCAAUAUCCUCAGAGGAUGUGAAGCCUACUGUGUAGUCUAUGUAGACGAUAUUAUCGUCUUUUCAGACUCUUACCAAGACCACCUCUCCCACCUGAGACUGAUCUUUAACAGACUGCUGGGCUAUAACAUCACCCUCAGUCCUGAGAAGACCUUCCUAGGCUUUAACAGCGUUAUUAUACUAGGACAAAAAGUCAAUUCCCUCGGUUUCCUCCGCAAAUACAUCCCACGCUUUAGUCAGAUCGUCCAGCCUCUGGAAGACUACAAGACCUUGCUGCUCAAGGGUUCACCCUCGUCUGGCGGUGCAAAGAGGAAACACUAUUUCAUCCGCAGAGAAUUGACAGAAGCAGGCACCAAGGAACUAGAGGCGUUCCGAGAACUACAAUCCAUCAUUUCAAAAGGACUGUUCUUACACCAUCAAGACACCAAGAAACCCCUCUUAAUUAAUGUGGAUGCUUCCAAGGAGUAUGGCUUCGGUGCAAUGGUCUACCAAGCAAGAGAAGACUGGGCAGGUUAUGCUACUAGUGACUUCUCGUCGCCUCCACCACGUACCAAGACAUGCCCCAUCAUGUUCUUGAGUCGAUCCUUGCAAGGAGGUGAAGCUAGAUUCCACCCGACGGAUAUGGAACUUGCUUGUAUCGUUUGGGUCCUGCGGAAGAUUAAAGUCUACGUGGAACUGUCUCCCAGAACCAUAUUUUAUACAGACCAUGCUUCCAACACCUACAUCGCACAUCAGUCUGUUCAACAGGCAUCGAUGGGAGGCUAUAACAUGAGACUCACGCUUGGUGCAGUCCUUAUCAGGUCUUUCAAAAAUGUAGAAGUCAAAUACAUUCGAGGAGAAGACAAUACUAUGGCAGAUGCCUUAAGCAGAAACCCAGGGAUAAAGGGGUAUGAUGGAAUCCCAUCAACCACAGAUCCUACAGGCUGUACACUGGAUCCACUCCCCCAGCAUGCUAUGGUGACUACUAGAGCGAAACGCUCACGACAGGUCUCUAGUUUACCCGAGACAAAUGAAAAGGAUUUGAUGGCUAGCCUUGGUAACAAUAGCAUCAAUCCCAACGAUUCCGCGGAUCCUCCAUUACCCCCGUCGCAAGACAGGCAGCAAUUGACAAUGGCGCUACCUGACGGUAUCAGGGAGAACCGAAAGCAAUCGUACACUGAGAUUCUUGUCUCAGAAAAGAUAAAGACGCGUGCUUUGGAAGGUUAUAAACACGACCCAAAGUGGACUAGAAUCAUCUCACAGCUAGAUAGCAAAGCUAAAGAUGCAGAACGCACCGGGCGCAUGAUUCCUGACGGUUCCCACACCUGCGCCUCUGUUUACCUACUAGCAUGGAACAAGAAAUCUUCGCUCUAUGUCAUACACCCAUGCACUUGGGAUAUAGGAAGGCCUUACAACGCAUGA